AAAUGCGACGAGAACUGCAGUUGAUGUGUGCUUUGUGUUUCUAAACUUUAACAAUAAACUGAAGGCAGUGAACGAAACCGUGUGCUCUUGGUAUUGAGUGAGCCAGCAUUAGCACAUCAUCAAGAGGCAGAAGAAGGGAAGAAGCAGCUGCCAUUUACAGUAACACCAAGCUGGGUGUGACAGAGCAUAUAUGUGAGGCUGACAUAAAGACCAUGGAGAUACCAGCUGUAAAUAUGAAGGAAGAGGAGGACUGUGAAUGGCAGUCUGUCCACCUCAAACAGGAGAGUCCCAGCAUUAAGGAUGAGGAUCAUGAACUGGUAACUGUGGGCAUUAAAGAAGAGGCUGAGGAAACGUCUGUCAGCAUUGAGACAAACAGACAAAAAAGUAUGGAGUGUGCUGACCUCAAGGUGACAUCUGAAUCAUUACAGUCUGACACAAAGAGAACUGAGGAAAUGCCGUCUGUUAGAACUCGGGAAGAUCAGCCAUCACCCACACCGCAAUCUGGAGAAAGUGUGACUCUGGGUGGACUCCUCAAACUUGGCACACUGACAGGUACGCAGCCCUGCACUGGACAAAAUGCGGUGGUCAGCAGGAAUAUGAGAGAAAAAGAAAAGGCUGCUGUACGAUAUAACAUCCCGAUGGAUGUGAAACAGGAGACCUGUGAUGUGGACACAAAUAUCAUGGAGUUAACUGUAAAUAUUAAGGAGGAGGACUGUGAGUGGGAGUCCAUCUACCCUAAACAGGAAAGUCUGAGCAUUGAGGAGGAGGACAGUGAGCUGCAACCAGUGAGCAUUAAAGAAGAAGUUGAAGAGAAGCCUGUUAGUAUUGAGAAGCAUAACCAUACAAAUCUGAAGAAUAUUGAGGAAGGUGCUCUUCAUAAUGGGUGUCAAGAUGGAGUGGUGACCAGGUUAGACUCUUCUCAAAGCAGACACUGUUCAUCUCCAGAGCCUUCUGUCAAUGUGAAGUCUGAAUCAUUACAGUCUGACACAAAGAGGACUGAGGAGACUACACCUGUUAGAACUCGGAGAAAUCAGCCACCACCUACAAUGAAGUCUGGGAAACGAAACAAUGAUCACGACAGUUUAGAAUGUGGCAAAGAAUUCUCUGGCAGGAGUGCUCUUCAGAAACACACUAGAGUUUACGCCAGAGAGAAGCCGUAUAUCUGUAAUGAAUGUGGUAAACAGUUUUCAAAAAAGAGCAAUCUUCAGACCCACAAAAGAACUCACACUGGAGAGAAGCCGUAUACCUGUAAUGAAUGUGGUAAAGAGUUUUCAAAAAAGAGCAAUCUUCAGAAACACACAAGAAUUCACACUGGAGAGAAGCCGUAUCACUGUAAUGAAUGUGGUAAACAGUUUUUACGAAGAGGCCAUCUUCAGAGCCACAAAAGAACUCACACUGGAGAGAAGCCGUAUAUCUGUAAUGAAUGUGGUAAACAGUUUUCAAAAAAGAGCAAUCUUCAGAAACACACAAGAAUUCACACUGGAGAGAAGCCGUAUCACUGUAAUGAAUGUGGUAAACAGUUUUUACGAAGAGGCCAUCUUCAGACCCACAAAAGAACUCACACUGGAGAGAAGCCGUAUACCUGUAAUGAAUGUGGUAAAGAGUUUUCAGAAAUGGGCAAUCUUCAACGUCACAGAAGGAUUCACACAAGAGAGAAACCGUAUUGCUGUAAUGAAUGUGGCAAACAGUUUUCAGUACUGGGAAAUCUUCAGAAACACACUAGAGUUCACACCAGAGAGAAGCCAUAUUGCUGUAAUGAAUGUGGUAAACAGUUUUCAGAAAUGGGCAACCUUCAAUGUCACAAAAGAAUUCACACAAGAGAGAAGCCAUAUUGCUGUAAUGAAUGUGGCAAACAGUUUUCACAUCUAAGCAGUAUGAAGAACCACACUAGAGUUCACACUGGAGAAAAGCCAUAUUGCUGUAAUGAAUGUGGUAAACUGUUUUCACAAAUAGGCAGUCUUCAGGCACACACUAGAAUUCAUACAGGAGAGAAGCUGUAUAUCUGUAAUGAAUGUGGUAAACAGUUUUCACAAAUGGGCAGUCUUCAGAUCCACACAAGAGUUCACACCAGAAUAAAAACAGUAGCAGUCCAAAAAUCAGUCCAGAAAAACAAGCACAUUUCAGGACUCGAGUAAGGUUCACUCCUGUCCUGAAAAGUAAGCAAACUAAAAUAUUGUUGACAAAUUAAUUCCUGAGAGAAGCCAUAUUGCUGUUUGGAGUGUGGCAAACAAUUCUGUCAGGGGAGUUCUCUUCAGAGACUUCCGACAGGAGAGAAGUACAACUGAACUGUCAUGACUAAAGAGUGAGGUUCACUCCUGCCUGGACAAUAAGCACAUGUAACCAUCUGAAAUCCAGCCUAUUCCAUGUUGCAUUGGAAACCAGUGAACAUGGAGGAGAAACAGAAGUUUAUAUCCUUUUUCCCUUUCCAGAAACUAAAAAAAGAACAGGAUGUCAUACAAAGAGCCCCUAUGGCAUCCACCAUGUGCCUGACCCUUUUCUUUCAUAACAUAUUAAAUAUAGAACUAUUUACAAUAUACACAUUUCAUCACAGAGAAAAAAAAAAUCUUUACAAUGUACACAGCCUAACACAAUAAAAAAAUAUUUUCAACUUGAUAAUCUUAUGUAUUUUAUUUUUAUAUAACAAAAAAUAAAAUAACAUACCAUAAAAAAGAACCACGCAUCAUACAGACAGCGUCAUGCCAAUGCUUACUAAAUAAUAAAUCAAUUACUAAUAAUUACAAACACAGACUAUUAAUACAAAAUAAACAAAACAAAAUGUAAAAUUAAAAUCUAAAAUAUACACAUCACCAUGUUUUACACCAUGUUGAAUUAUGAUUAAAUGCUGUGGCAGCACACUAAGAAGAAAUGCUAUUUUUUUUUUUUUACUUUCUUUUAUUUUUUGUUUGUUUUUGUUAAUAAAACACAAAAACUUUAUAUAAGAACUCAGUCUUCACAUUACUUUUUUAACACUUUAGCAUUAGCAAAUAAUAUACAUGUCAAAUAAAUAGAAUAAAAUUAGAAAGAGCUUGGGGAGAGUUGAAAAUAUGACUUACACCUACAGCAUCCACCUGAGGGUUCCUGCCGUCUGUGGGCUGUCACAUUAAUUUGCAUCCAUACUACAAAUUAUGACUGGUAUGAUGCUAAGUAUGCACAAACAAUUCUUUUUGGGGAAAUUCACAACUAAAAUCUACAAAAAAUAAAUAAACAAACAAACAAAAAUUCACUUUGCUAUACAUACACACAAAGAAAAUUUGGAGGAAUUAAUCUCGAGAAGCCGUAUUGCAGCACUGGAUGUGGCUGACAGUUGUCACAAACCAGAAUCUUCUGGGCCACAAAAGAAUUCGGACUGGGUGCCACCUCCAGAAAUGGGCUUAGUUGGAGAAGAUCUACACUGGGUGCUGUCAGCCCUUUAUCUUGGCGUACCACCUCAAACAAUUUAAAUGUUCCUCCAUUUUACUUUGGUGUUAAAUUGUUAAUUACUGAAUUGUUAUUAUAUAAAACUAAAGUUGGAGUUUCUUUUCCCACUCAGAAAAAUGUUCUUUCAGAGCUUUUAUAAGGUACUAGCAGUGGUAACCUGUCAAAGACAUGUUUUAGAAUGAAUUUCAAAAGGAUUUGAUAUGUUAGGACUGAUGGGCACUGACAGUGUUUCACCAUGAGGAAAAGCAAUUAUGUCUCAGAUGUUGUAAGUCGCCUUGGCAUAAUAAUAAUAAUUCCAGGAAUGUUUAGUCAAAUAACACCCUCCGCCAGAAAGGGUUCCCGUUCCUGAGAGACUUUGCAUUCUGCUAUCUUGAUUUACUUACAGUGUGCUUACUUUUGUUUGUUGUUGUAAAUUGUUUGUUGCUCUGAAUAAAUUAUUAA